UGGACAGCCUAUUCUACUCGAGCGAACGGUGUAAACAGCCGUGACAUCGGUUGAUAAGACCACCGCUACGUUAUCUACGCAUCUAUGGAGGAGGCUCACGGUGAGGUCGGAGGUGAAGAUUGUGUCGUAGAUGACAGGAUAAUGGCGCUAGCAGCUGUAGUUCUGAGAGGCUACGUUAUAGCGAGGUUCAGAGCAGAAGGGAUCCAGCUGUCUCCUGAAGAGCUGGGUGGAACACCCAAUGAACUACAGGAUCAUGGGAUAAAAGAGAUGGUGGACGUGCUACUGAGGACUACUGAGGAACUGGAGAGAAAUGCUGAGCUUCAACACUUAAUAAGUCAUGUCCAGGUCAAUUGUUUCCAGGAUUUGUUCAUUUCAGUGGCCAAGGAGUUAUUCAGAGAUGGAAUCAACUGGGGCAAAGUGGCAUCCCUUUAUUUCCUGGUCUAUAUGCUUAUUCACAAAGCGCACACACAGAACCAACCCCAAGUCAUGGUUACCAUUAUCAACUGGUCUCUACAGUUCAUCAGGGAAAACCAUUACUCUUGGAUCAGUCGUCAGUUAGUAUGGAUAGCGGUCCGAAAGGUGGCGUGGUGGUGUAGCUUGACGCUCCUGGCUUCACUGGCUUGUGCUGCAGCCAUAGCAUACUGGAGAAAACAUCUCUGAACUCUUUACAGGGAGAAGUUCUCCUGCCAUAGCAUACUGGAGGACACAUCUCUGAACUCUUUACAGGGAGAAGUUCUCCUGCCAUAGCAUACUGGAGGACACAUCUCUGAACUCUUUACAGGGAGAAGUUCUCCUGCCAUAGCAUACUGGAGGACACAUCUCUGAACUCUUUACAGGGAGAUGUGCUGCGGCCAUAGCAUACCGGAAGAAACAUCUCUGAACUCUUUACAGGGAGAUGUGCUGCGGCCAUAGCAUACUGGAGAAUUAUUGUAAAAAAAUAUAUUUUUCUUAAAUUUUUAAGGGGGUAGAUC